AUGAACUUCAACAUACCUUUCAGCAUAAGACGAGAUGCUGCAUUGCUUGCGCAUCUCCUCAGGCGUGCUUUCGAGUAUACAAAAGUCCUUGAAUUGGCGAGCUUUGUAGCCCUCUCGAGCAUGAUGCAGUUCUUGUCACUGCGGCAAGCGGCAGCACAAAAAGCGCUGCACCUUGCGCAGCUGCGAAUACCAGCGCCGAAUCGGUGA